CUGGCAUUUGAUCGUUAUUUUAGAUUUUAACUAUUACAUUUUUUAUUACCCUUAUUUCAAUAAAUCAAUAAAACAAACUCAUAAUGUCAUCAAGUAGUAGACCGGAAGAUCAUCGUCGAAAAUGGGACCGAGACGAAUACGAAAAAUUGGCCAAAAAGCGAUUGAUGGAUGAUCUCGAUGAUGAUCGUUCCAAAGAGCUAUCACCAAUCAAAAGAGAAAUGCUCAAGCAACGAGAUUACCGUGUAGACUUAGACUCAAAACUUGGAAAAAGUGUUGUAAUUACUAAAGCCACUCCUUCUUCUCAAAGUGGAGGUUAUUACUGUAAUGUUUGCGAUUGUGUGGUUAAAGAUUCCAUUAAUUUUUUGGAUCAUAUAAAUGGAAAAAAACAUCAAAGAAAUUUGGGGAUGUCCAUGAAAAUUGAAAGAUCAUCACUGGAUCAAGUAAAAAAACGAUUUGAAACAAAUAAAAAAAAAAUGGAAGAAAAGAAAAAAGAUUAUGAUUUAGAACAACGUUUACGAGAAUUAAAAGAAGAAGAAGAGAAGUUAAAGGAAUAUAGAAAAGAAAAAAAGAAGGAAAAAAAACGAAAACAUGAAGAAUUAGAUGAUGAACAUCAAAAUGAUGAUAUGGCUGCAUUAAUGGGAUUUUCAGGUUUUGGGUCAUCAAAAAAAUAAUAAUUGUUACGAUAUACUAUUAAGUUUAAGUGAUAAAAUAGUACAUAAAAAAUGUCAAUAACUGAUAAUAAUAAUGAAUAAUACCAUAUAAAAUUGUAAUGAAACUUCGCUUUCUAUAAAUUCAUAAAUAUUCACAUCUAACAGCAAAUCUCUGCCCUGUUUAUCUGUAAAAAAAAAAAAAAAGAUUAACAUUAAUUUUAACAAUAAU